UGGAGGCGGACCGGUCCAUGUCACGGUCCGACAGCCUUUCUUUUUCAGUGAUUUACUAUUUUUAACCGAAACAAAUCAGAGGACGUGGAGGAUCACUGCCAAAUGAUGACAGCCUUACUCAUGCGAACGGACGCCACCACUCUGUCACGCUGUAUUCCAGGGGCGACGGUGUGAUUUUCCUGGGGAGGGUUGGAAAGUUCCACCUUCCUCCCCCUCGACCACACCGACAGUAGAGACUUCACUGUGGAGAGAGAGACAGAGUCAGAGGGAGACGUUAAAGUCCAUCGUCUCUCUCUUUCAUCUCUCUGCAGGACAAAUAAGUAUCUGCAGGUUCUUAAAGGUGGGAAAAAGGCUUUAAAUUGUCCAAAAAUGCUGAUUUUCUGCCCUUUUAUAGCUUUAGUUGUUCUUUGGCUAUUUUUGGGUAAAAAUAGGCAGAUUUUUAAACUUUUAAAGCACUUGCAGAUAUCUUAGAUUUACUAAAAUGCACGUAUUGGAGCAGCGGCAGGAGGGCGUUAGAUAUGAGCUUACAUGGCAUCUCUGAUGGCAACAAAUAUGAACUUAAAAAGAAUGUAAAGCAAAAAGUGACGAGUUACAAAGAAUAAAACGGGUCCGUAAAUAAGAGACUCUGAUAUUUAUUCAUUUUUAAUACCUUUUCUGAAGUAAAAAUGCUAUCAAUGGUUUAGAGGAAGUUAAAAACAGGCAAUAAUUCAAUACAAAUGUGUUAAUCGUGAUAUAAUUUCCCACAAAAAAAACCCACAAUCAACAGAUUUCUUCCACAUUCCUUCAGGAGUAGAUUUAAUGACUUAUUGUUAUAUGUUUUGGCCUCAUUCCCCAGAUGAUGAGGGUUAAAUCCUUCAUCUGAUUUCCAUCGUUAAAAGUCACUGUUUAGGUUUUUGUACACACUGAUGCGUCCCAGGCUUUGAGCUCUGACCUUUUGACUCCUGCCGUAUUUUAACGUCAGCGGCAGCGGAGACGAUUCCUUGGACGGGCUCCAGCACCACGUCGCCACCCGCUGCCCCCUGACCCCGUCUCUGUCGCCACGGAAGCGGACCAUGAGCCAGUCAAAGACGGAGCCGCCGCUGCUGAGGACCAACAAGCGCACCAUCUACACCGCGGGGCGGCCGCCGUGGUACAACGUCACCGGGACAACCUUCAAAGAGGCCUUCGUUAUCGGUUUGUGUGGAGGAAGUGCGUCCGGUAAAACCACGGUGGCCAACAAGAUCAUCGAAGCGCUGGACGUCCCCUGGGUGGUUCUGCUGUCGAUGGACUCUUUCUACAAGGUGUUGAAUAAAGAGGAGCAGGAGCUGGCGGCGAAGAACGAGUAUAACUUCGACCACCCCGACGCCUUUGACUUUGAGCUGCUCGUCACCGUCCUGCGCAAACUGAAGAAGGGGAAAAGCAUCAAAGUGCCCGUGUACGACUUCACGUCUCACUGCAGACGCAAAGAAUGGAAAACGGUGUACGGCGCCAAUGUCGUCAUCUUUGAGGGAAUCCUGGCCUUCGCCAACAAGGAGCUUCUGAAGCUCCUGGACAUGAAGGUGUUUGUGGACACAGACUCGGACAUCCGCCUGAUACGGAGGCUGAAGAGGGACAUUUCCCAUCGUGGGCGGGACAUCAGCGGCAUCAUCAAACAGUACAAUAAGUUUGUGAAGCCGGCGUUUGAGCAGUACAUCGAGCCCACGGUGCAGGUCGCCGACAUCGUGGUGCCCAGAGGUGGAGAGAACUUUGUAGCGCUGGAUUUGAUUGUGCAGCACGUUCACAGUCAGCUGGAGAAGCGUGAGAUCACUGUGAGAUCAGCUCUGGCCUCGGCUCAUCAGGGUCAGCCUUUACCCACAACCCUCAGCGUGAUGGAGAGCACACCGCAGGUGCGCGGUAUGCACACAAUCAUCAGGAACAAGGAGACAAACCGGGACGAGUUCAUCUUCUACUCCAAGAGAUUAAUGAGGCUUUUGAUCGAACAUGCCCUCUCCUUCCUUCCUCUCAAGCCCGUGUCUGUGGAGACGCCACAGGGCGGAGUCUAUGACGGCAAGAGGCUGGGCGGUCAACAAAUCACUGGCGUGUCCAUCCUCAGGGCAGGAGAGACCAUGGAACAGGCUCUGAGAGCCGUGUGCAAAGACAUCAGACUGGGAAAGAUCCUGAUCCAGACCAACCACGAUACUGGAGAACCUGAGCUUCACUACCUCCGUUUGCCCAAAGACAUCAGCGAGGAUUACGUCAUCCUGAUGGACAGCACCGUGUCCACGGGAGCGGCCGCUCUCAUGGCCGUCAGAGUCCUGCUCGACCACGACGUCGCCGAGGACAAGAUCUUUGUGCUGUCGCUGCUGAUGGCGGAGAUGGGCGUGCACUCGGUGGCCUACGCGUUCCCUAAAGUCCGCAUCAUCACCACCGCCGUGGACAAAGAGGUCAACGAGCAGUUCCACAUCAUUCCAGGCAUCGGUAACUUUGGAGACCGUUACUUUGGCACAGACGCUCCGUCAGACUGGUGUGAAAGUGACGAGGGGAUGGACUUCUGAAGUGACGGCCAAUCGCGGACGAGGGGGAGGGGUUUGUUCCACGAAAGCACUUGAAGCAUUAGAACAAUGAUGGGAUGUUCUACAGCGAGGAGAACCGAGGUCAGCGAGCUGAAGCCAUGUAGACGUUUCAGCACGUCCUCGUUUCUGUUUUACAAGCAAACGGCUUCUCGACGUCAGUCUGAAAAAGGGUUUUUCCCGCCUCAUUUUAAGCUUGAAUUUUUAACCACAGCGAUGUGUUUUACAACUAAACGAGUCGAAUUACAGGAUUUCUGCUCGAGCCACGUGACACUUUUGAGACGUCGACACUUUUCCUCUCGCGUCGCGCUCCUGUAGGUUUUUUGUUUGUUUGUUUGUUUUCUUGUGGCGGCGUCUUCGACUGUUGGACCAAAAAGAUGCGAAGACCGUUCAAAAUCUCUUAAACCUCACUGGUAGGAACAGAUUUUGUCAUUAAAACAUAAAACACUUUUUUGGGUUUAAGUCAGGAUUUAAGUCAGACAUCGUCAAUAAAUCGGAAUCUAACAAA